GGUUUUGUGUCAUAACACUCAUAACAUGUCGUACGUUGUAAAAUUGUAAAGUGCGAAUUUGUGAACUGUAUUUUGUCGCUAUGAAUAAACGGAGAAGAAAGUAAUAAAGCGUUUUGUGUGAUUGUUGUCAUUCAGAAUUUCAGUAUGGGAUGUGGCUCGUCAGCCCCGCGAGGGCAAGUGGUGCAACCAGGAGCCCGACCAGUUGGUCAAGCACCAGUGAUGGUUCAAGGUUCAACUGUGGGAUACCCUCAGCAAGGUUAUCAUCCACCUCCCCAGCGUAUGGUUGGACCCCAGCCAGGAUACCCCCAGCCAGGAUACCCUCAGCCAAGACCUGCAUACAUUCGUCCUCAAGGACCACCCCCUCGGAGUUACCCUGUACAGCAAUAUGGUCACAGACAACCAGCACCAGUCGGCUAUGCUCAACAACAACCAAACACGGUGGUGGUGAACAAUCAAGGGAACAAUAGAUCUGGUGCUGGUGACAUGAUGCUUGGUAUGGCAGUUGGUGCAACUCUGGCAAACUCUAUGCACCAUCACCAUGGUUAUGGUUAUGGUCACGGGGGUGGUUACCAUGAUCACGACACAAAUGUCAAUAUAUAUGAACACAAUGAGUAUAAUUAUGAACAAAAUGAAUAUGGUGGUGAUACAAAUGUUGAAAACUAUGAUGGAGGAUAUGCGGAUGGAGGAUAUGAUGGUGGUGGCUUCGAUGAUGGUGGUGGCUUCGAUGAUGGUGGUGGCUUUGAUGAUGGUGGUGGCUUCGAUGAUGGAGGUUUUGAUGACUAAAGACAUUAAAAGAACAAAUUAAUUUGCCACAAAGCAUCAGCAAAUAACACCCAAGUUUAAAAAUUUUUACUGCAUGGUACUUUAGACAAAUGUAAUUUAUAGACAUGAUAUGAAUAUUGUAAAGUUAUAGUAACUUUAGUAUGUGAAUAUUGUAAAGUUAAAGACAUCUGCAA